AGAGCGCUGCAUCACAGCGGAAGUGCUGUGUGAACCAGGAACUGCCAGAAAACACGGUGAUGUGUCGCGGACAUGAUCUGGAGAAGAUCCGCCUGUGGCUAACCUGUCACAGCUGAUUUCUCCCACCAAGAGACACACACACACACACACACACACGGAGACAUGGGGGGAUCUCAGAGCGUGGAAAUACCCGGAGGAGGAACCGAAGGCUUCCACGUCCUCAGAGUGCAAGACAAUUCUCCUGGUCAUCAUGCAGGCCUGGAGCCAUUCUUUGAUUUCAUCCUUUCCAUCUGUGACACUAGACUGAACAAAGACAACGACACCCUGAAAGAGCUGCUGAAGGUGAAUGUGGAGAGGCCCGUCAAGAUGCUGCUGUACAGCAGCAAGACGAUGGCGGUGAGGGAGACGACGGUCACGCCCAGCAACAUGUGGGCGGGUCAGGGACUCCUGGGCGUCAGCAUCCGCUUCUGUAGCUUUGAAGGAGCCAAAGAAAAUGUUUGGCAUGUCCUGGAAGUAGAGCCAAACUCGCCUGCAGCUCUGGCCGGUUUGAGAGCCCACACUGACUACAUUAUUGGAGCAGACUCUGUCAUGAACGAGGUAGCUGCUCUGCGGGUUGACGGCAUUAAUGUUUACACAAAGGUUUGGCUGAGAGGAAAAGGUGACUGUGACUGUGCUUCUCUGCUCUCCCAACAGAACGAGGACCUGUUCUCUCUCGUGGAAACGUAUGAGGGGAAGGAGCUGAAGCUUUACGUCUACAGCACAGACACGGACAACUGCCGCGAGGUGAUCAUCACUCCAAACUCUGACUGGGGGGGACAAGGCAGUCUAGGAUGUGGGAUUGGCUACGGUUACCUGCACAGGAUACCCACACUGCUGUUUGCAGAGGACAAGAAGAUCAAUUUCCCUUCACCGACUCCAAACGAACCCCCGUCUUCACCUAAAGAUGGAUUCAUAGAGGUCCAUCUCUCUGCCGUCAUUCCAACCACUCCGGUCAAUGUAUCAUCCUCUACUUCGACUGGAUUAGAGCAGUCUCUCACCGGCUUGUCCGUCUACUCUAAUCCCACCACUGGCCUUACUAAUCAGCAGACAGAGCCUACAGUUCCACUGUGCAGCCAAGUCCCAUCCUCACAUCAUGUUCCUCUGUCUGCCGAUCCUGCUCUAACAAUACCAGGAUUAAUGCCUUUAUCUGGACGUCUUCCACCAUUUCCACAUUUGCCAAACCUCAAUAUCUCCAUGACAACCACAGGCCAAGUUUUGCCAUCUGGAGUUGAAUGCCAACAUUCAGGUCAUCCAAUGCUUCCUUCUCUCAACCUUUCCGGUGUGAUUCCUGGUGUUCCAGGAAUCAUCACCAACACUGCUCCUGCUGGUGCGCUGGGUAACACAUUUCCCUCUGCCACUGUCCAAAUGAACAGAACACCAUCCAAAAUCUCACUCCCACCAUCACCGGCCGCCUCUGAAUCAGUAAAUAUCACAAUGACAGCGGACAUGUCUUAGCAGCAAAGCAGCGUUCUGUCGUCGGCUUGUUCUCGAAUCUGUACAAAGUAUACAGAGUCUUUUAGCUGCACUUCAGUUACACUCUGUUAAAGUUAUUGUACGGGAGCUCCAGUUUUUCAAGAUGCUGGAAUUACGUUACUGCACAUGUGCAGCAAAAUUAGCACAUUUCCUAUGAAAAUGUUAAAAACAUGAGGCAGAAGAAGGCUGUGGACCUCAUGCAGUUUGAUGGACAGUGAUGCUCAAAUUUUAAAAAUUGUUAAUUUCCCAAUCAUGCAAAAUUUAUAUGGUUGCAAGUGUAAAUUUUGUGGGGAACAAUGUUUCUUUCGAAUGUGCAAAUAUGUAUCUUUACAUCUUUCUUUAAGGCUAAAACUACUUAAUCACCAGUAUUGUACAACUGGGGACUUAUUAGAUCAGCAGGUUUGCUUUCUGUUGUAGCCAUUACUUAUUCUUUUUUACAAAAAUGUUUGUCUGCAUUUUGUACUUUUAUGCACAUUUCCUAAAUUUGUAUGCCAUCCUUUGUAUUCUUGCAUCAAUUCAGUACCUAAGAAGUCCACUGGGGGUCAGUACAGACAGAAUGUAGGUAAAUGCUGGUUGAACUGACUUUUCCCUUACAUGUGUGAUAUAGGGUGAUGUGAAUGAAAUACACUGUGAAACAAUA